AUGGACAUCAAUUUAGAUGGGACCAAUCGGAAAUCCGACCAAGAGAAAAUACUGCAUAUUUGCAACGAACUGACCCGACUCCACAUGACACCAAAAGAAUUUGUGAUGGGCCUGCUAACCAAAUCUCACACAGAAUUCAAGUAUCGCCGUCGUACCUGGGCAACUUCUUAUGGCUGGAGAUCCACCCUAGAAUUGGUCGAGGCAAUUGCCAGGCAAUUCGAUAAAUCUGAGGAAUCAAAGGCCCAAUGGGAAAAGUUCAUCCUAACCGAGGCAAUAAACAUAUCUCAUAGCCAAUCACCACCAAGAGGAUCUUAUCCAUCUGGAUCAUUCCAAAGCGCGUGCACAGUUGGACCGGAGUUUUUUACAGAGGCAGCAAAGGAUGAACGAACUGCGAGGCUAACUACCGUGGAUACACCGUUCCUCGAUCAACUUAUAUUGGGGACAAUGACUCAAAGCAAUGAAGAAGAUCCGGAUCCAACCACUGACGAAUUAGACCCCACUCCAACUCCAGAAUUAUACCCAGAUCAGACUCCAGAAUGUGACUCGGAUUCUACUCCUGAUUCAACUCCUGACAUUGACGUAUCCAACCCAACACCUGACAAUACCCCAGCAGAACGACUUCCUGAAGAUGCAACAGAAAAUACCCAAGCCCAGGGAAAGAGGAUGACCAGUGUCAACUUGGAGGCGCAUAUGAUUGACUAUGAAGGCUUUGGUUAUUCAAACGGUGAUAUCAUCAACAACAAGAACCUUUCCCGAUUCCAGCAUAUUGCUGCAGUGGUGUGCUCCAUGGUUUGCUUUGCUCGGAAUCGUCGCCAGAACGGCAUGCAACUCACAAACUCUAUCAGAUUUGAUGGGUGUGGUGUCUCUGAAACGGUCAAUGAACACCUCCACUACAUGGGGAUCACGUCUAGUCGGAAAACAGCUAUCCAAGCAUUACGUUCUCUGGCCCGUCACGCACAGGACGCUGUCCGGGAGUCCAUGGCACUCACACAAGAUUUUGCUCCUCUGUUGUGUAUUGAUAACCUGGAUAUGGAGGAACGAGUUCAAAUGUCGACCUCAGGCCACCAAAGCCGGAUGUUCCAUGGAACGUGGGGGUAUAUUCAUAUUCCUAGCAAAGAUCUAUGGAGCACACUCAACCCUGUCGAGUUAUCACUUGAGGCUUACCACAACUCGCUCAGAACUGCUAGCUCAAUGGUAAUCGAUCCAGAAUUUUUCAUGCCAACUGACUCCCCAAACGACGAUUACAAGGCAGUCUGGAAGAGUCAGAUUGCACAAGUGAUGCUAAAGUAUGUUGCCAAGCCUUCGGAUAGGCAAGCAAUCAUACCUCUAGACCCACCUCCGAUUGACCCGAUCAGCCACGAGGCUCCAUCUAUCCACAUGCUGAAACUUAUGGACGAGUCAGACAACUCUGCUGAGGGGAUCGGUCAAGUCAUGGAAGCACUUCGGAGACAAUCUGGUCUUGAACCUGAGGAAUUUUUUGGGAGGUUACAGCUGAUGGAGGGUGAUCUGGGGACCUGUCAAAUAUUCAAUGCUAUUCGAUCUCUUCGCAUUCCAAGCGAGCAUUGUGACCAUAGUUUACACAAUGUCAAUUUCUCACUUGGAGCAGCUCACACACUAUGGAAUAUCGCCUAUACGAUCCUAACUUAUCACUUCGGAAACUCAAAUAAGAUGGAUGAUUUCGGAGUUUGGAGAUUUUUAGAAGCCCUCGGCGUAUCUCCAGAGAAGGUAAUACAGAAGAAAGACUUUACCAAGAUGCUACAGCACAUGGAACAAGUGCACGAAGCUACCCUGUGGCACUGCAUCCGAUUGCAAUCUCACAGGACCGUGAUGGAAACCGAUAAUGAUUUGGUUGAAGAAGAGCUGAAGGUCCUCCCAUCAGAUGAAUGGAAUGGAAUCGUCGAGACAUGCUACAAUCGCUUUUGCUCUCCAGAUGCACGUCGCAAGGCCAAAUCCUUCCCACAGUUAAACAAUCUCUUGGUCCGAUUGCAAGACUUCUCAACAGUUAUUGAGGCCAAUCGGGCUAUGAAAGCAGGUGACAUUGGUCGAUUAAUCAACAUAUGGAAGAUGUGGGCAUUUAUGACCCAAUCAUUGCCUGGUCUGACCCACUACUCAGCAUACCUCCCGCGGCUGAUCCUAUUACUCACUAAGGUUCUACCAUCAUCCUUGGCAAAAUUAAUUUGGCAUACCCUUCUCGUAUCACCCAGCGGUCGUCCAAACCAUUUUGUCGCAAAGGACUUCUUUCUUGAAAACUUUAACUACUGGCUUAAAUAUUUCUACACCCGAGGUGGAGCAGGCACCCAGGUUGAAAGGCUGAAGAACUUGUAUUCCUCAAACAUCCCUUUGAGAGUGGAGCAAAAUAUAUCCAACAGAGUCACAACUCUGAUCUGA